ACUAGGAAGUUCUUCUGCACAAGUGUGAAUAAAAUAAAUGGGAGCGAUGCAAGAGCCCAAGGGUAGCCCUGCAAAGCUCCCAUGCAUUUCAGCAGCAGCUUGUGCUGGAUAAUUUCCCACUGACUGUGGCCUGAUCUCUGAGGCUGCAAACUCUCCUCAUUUAGAACAGCAUCUAAGAAGUUUGGCUUGUUUGCAUUUUUCAGGCUUUUCCUCCUUUCUUUUCUUUUUUAAAGAACAUGCCUCCAUUCAUGGCUAAUGAGAGUUUCUACGAAUCUGAGGACUCCUUCACGUUACAACAUAUGGAUUCCGUGUCUAUUGGGUCUCUGCUCCUCUUCUCCAUCACCUUUCUCCUGGGCCUCCCCGGAAAUGGCUUGGUAAUCUGGGUCGUUGCUCUGAAAAUGAAGCGAACGGUGAACACAGUUUGGUUUCUGCACCUUGCCGUGGCUGACUUUGUGUGCUGCCUGUCCCUGCCUUUCUCCAUUGUCCACCUGGCGCUGCAUCAGCAGUGGCCUUUCGGGUGGUUUUUCUGCAAGAUUAUCCCAUCUGCCAUCAUCUUCAACAUGUUUGCCAGUGUCUUCCUCCUCACCACCAUCAGCAUCGACAGGUGUCUUGUGGUGAUGAAGCCUGUCUGGUGUCAGAAUCACCGGACAGUAAGGUUCGCAUCCGUGGUCUGUGGUGUUACCUGGUUCCUAGCUUUCAUUAUGUGUUUUCCUGCUUUCUUCUAUCGCGAAAUCUCCAUUGAUGAAUCGGGCAAUGCCAGGUGUGUCUACAAUUGGCAUGGUGAGGAAUAUGAGGAAGGAUGGCCAGAUUAUUUGUUUCCCAGCAACGAAGAAUUUUCUAGUCAACGUCCUACCUUUGUGACUAGUAGCUAUGAAGAUAUUUUCACAGACGGAAUUUUGGAUGUGUAUUCCGAGUACCAUAUUCUUAAUACAGUCAAAAAGGCUUGGUAUUCUAGCACACCAAGCACUCUUGGCACUAAUAGAGAUACAGAUCCAUUGACGGUGGAAGUCACCAGCCCAAAAUACGUGUCACACGAAUCUUCCCACCCAGCUACUGCCAUAUCCAAUGUUAUUUAUUCCGAUCUUCCCGACUAUUUUCUUUUUGGCAAUUACUCUGGCAACCUCCCGAUUAGCAAUGACUCGAUGGCAAUGCCUUUUUAUGAUGAGCUGCCAAGCGUUCUUGUGUCCAUUACUGUCACCCGAAGCAUCUUUGGUUUCCUCCUCCCCUUCGGAAUCAUGACUGCCUGCUACGUCCUUAUUGCCCUCAAGAUGCUCAGAAACCAAUUUGCAAAGUCCCGCGUGAAGGCUUUGCGGGUGAUCCUGCUUGUGAUAGCCACUUUCUUUCUCUGUUGGGCUCCUUAUCAUGUCAUUGGGGUGCUGUACCUCCUGGCUAACCCCAGCACAGCACUUUAUGAAACACUGGCUUUGUGGAACCAUGUUUCCACAGCAUUGGCCUAUGCCAACAGCUGCAUCAACCCACUUCUUUAUGUGUUUGUGGGGAAAAAAUUCAGGGAAAAAGCACGCCAGACGGUGCAAGGGAUUUUGGAAGGGGCAUUCAGUGAGGAAGGAACAUGCUCCACUGCCUUCUCCCAGGAAAGAAGCAAGUCUACAGUUGACCAUGAUAUUGAUGUUUCCGCCCUCUAAAAUGGAGCUUCCAGGCAACUAAACUGUCCUUGCUACUGCGGAUUCUUGAUUGGCACAGAUGUGGCCACUUUGAAUUAGUAUCUGGAGCUCUUGCAUAUGCAGAGAGCAGCCACACCUUGUGAAUCCCCUUUGUGCUACGGUGUGAGGGGGUCAAGUGAAGUUCUGGGUUACACCACAGAAGGGAGACGGGGACAACUGCCUAUCUUUGCAACAUGUGUGGUGGUGGUGGUAUCCAAAUUUGUCAAAAAUUUUCUAGCACUGCAAAUGUGCCCUACAGUAUUACUUGUUACAUAUUUUUUUUCCCUGUUGAUGAAAGGAAGUAGCAUAGCCAUGUAUGACGAGCCAGAAUAAGCUUUAGCGGUGGCACAGAAAUCUUGCAAGAAGUGUCAGCAGCUUUGUUUUGUAAGUGGUCUGCAUUCACCAAAAACUGCCAAAGAAAACUGGACGCAGUGCUUACGUAAUUUCUAAAAGCAAAGCAGGGAAGAGGUAGGCAAGGGUUGAGCCUACGUUCUGCAAGCAGAUCUAGGAGGAAAGCCCCUUCCCUUAACUUUAGGUGGGAACGGCUGCUCAACAGAAAGGAAAAGGUAGUCGGGGGGGGGGUCAACAGGCAUGGCUAGAACCUACAGAACCAAGCCAAAUAGUACCUGCAGACUUGAGUAUCAGCUAUGAGUAUCCUGUCCGUUUUCAGGGCUACUGGAGACUCCAUUCAAAAUGUGCUUAUUUCCAGAGCAUACCUUAGGGGCUGCCUAGUUAAUGAAUUCUCUCCUACUGCAAAUUCACCCAAUCUGGGCACCUUUCCAGAAGCACUGUAAGGCCUACAUUUUAGUACUAGCACCGGGAGAGUGAGUUAAGAGAAGUGGGGUACAAUUUAUUCUGUUCAGCUGCAGAUGCAUUGCUUUUGUCCCAGUUUUUUGCUGUUACGUAUUUGGAUUGGGGUAGGUUGCACACAUGUACUAAUAAAUAAGUUGCUUUUAACCCUC